CAUCCUUGUACCUCUCCUUCUUCGGGAUUCUCUGCUACUGUGAUGACUUCGAGAAUUGCCAAUGAACGCAGUCAGAAGCUCGUUGAGAAGUUGGCGCUACUUCCCGGAAAUGACAUUUGUGCUGACUGCAAGAAUCGCAAUCCUCGAUGGGCGUCGCACAAUCUGGGUAUUUUCCUCUGCGUGAAUUGCGCGAGCAUUCACCGGAAGAUCGGCACUCACAUUACGAAAGUUAAGAGCCUGACGAUGGACUCAUGGACGAAGGAGCAGGUCGAGAACAUGAAAAACAUGGGCAACGUCAAGUCGAAUGCGAUUUAUAAUCCUAACGAGAUACGCCACCCGCCUCCUCCCAGUCUGAUGGAUCCGGAGAGGGACAGCGACCUUGAGCAGUACAUCCGAUCAAAGUACGAAUAUAAACGCUUCUUGGACAAGUCUGCUCUUGUCGCAUCUAAGCUUGGUCCGUCACGUUCUGUACGCUCUAUAUCACCGCGCCCACAGACGACGCCGUUGAAGAAGCCGACAACAACGCCGACAAACGUCAGCCGGCCGUCUACCGCAACCCUUCCCCAGCAACCCCGGUCUGCUUCUCAGCCUAUGAUCUCCACUACUCUGUCACAAGCACAAACGCAACCUGCAGCCCAACCGCAACAGCAGCCUCAGAGUGGGGUAUGGGCGGACCUUGUUUCGCUGCAGACACCCUCUGUGAGCUCGUCGUUACCACUCCAAUAUCAAGCUCCACCACAACAGCUACCAUCAUUUGCGACAUCUGCUUCUCUACCCGCUUUCAAUACACAGUUGACUACAAGUGGCUUCCAGCCUACGAUGGGAACCGGCAUGAAUUCAACGGGCAUGGGAAUGGGAUUGAAUCCCUUCCAGCCACAGCCUCAGUAUACUAACCCGUUCCCCCAACAAUCCUUCCAACACAUGUCAGUUAAUGACCCCUUCCCUCAGCAAACUUUUGCCCCGCAACAGCAACAAUACUUCGCUAACCAGCCCCCGAUGCAAUCUCCCACUAUACAAGUGUUCGCGCCCAUCCCACAGUUGCAGGGCCAGUUCUCACCAUCUUCUCCAACGGUUAUGACAACCUCACCUCAACUUAUGUCAACCACGCCUCAGCUCAUGUCGACAACACCCCAGAUUAUGUCGACCACACCACAAGUUACAUCUUCCCCGGGUAUCUCAUUCAUGCCUCAGCAGCCGCAAACGUAUGUUGCUACAGGGCCAUCUCCAAUGGGCAGUGGAGCGUGGGCACAACCCACGUAUACUAAUAACAAUACCUACACUAUGCAGGGGCAAUGGGGCUCAAUGUAAUGUCCAGCCGGAAUCAGUUUUGACUUGGACCUCAUUUCUUUCUUUCUUUCUAAUUAAAAUACUGGACCCAAGGCUUAAUUUGGUUUUGCAGUGGAAUUUGUGGAUAUUUUUGUUUUACGCCGUUACUUAUUUAUCAUUUGUAUCUUAGUACGUCCUGGAAGAACAAUACUUAAUGCCGUUUCCAGCCUGAG